UAUUCUAAAGAAGGACUUAUAUUAAGUGAAAAAAUAAAUGAAAAAUCAAUUCAUUUAAUUCAGAAUGAGGAACAGCAAACUGAAACUUUUCAAAUAAUGAAUAUUAUUCGUGAACAAGAUGUGUAUAGUGAAUUUAUUAAAGAACAGAAUUCAAAAAAAAACUUACAUGGUCGAGGUCUUGGGCUUUGCAAAAAAGCUUUAAUUUUAGCAAUUGAAAAUAAAUCAAAUCAAGCUUUAUAA